AUGGAGUGCUAUGGUGGGAUGGGCAAGACAAACGGUUUGUCUCCAGAUGAAAGUGAAAACGAGUUAUGCCUUUCAAACAACAACGUUGUUGACAAGAAUGACUUAAGAAAGGUUGAGUUGUUGUCGGAUGAAGAUGGUCGUGAAUAUGGUUACAUGACUGGGUUGACUGCAGAGGACAUAAUGAAAAAGGUGUUUCAAAGUGAAGAGCAUGCAUAUGAGUUUUAUGGUAGGUUAGGGAAAUGCAACGGAUUUGGGGUCCGUAAGGGAGACUAUGCAAAGGAUGAAGAUGGGAGUGUAGUGAGAAGGAGGUUCUUCUGUAAUCGGGCUGGCCUAAGGGAUGGAAAACACUACAACAAGCUAGACAGGAAGAGAUGCCAUAGGCCUGAGACACGCACGAAUUGCCAGGCCCUGAUGUCUGUAUACCUUGAUAAGGGUAGCUCGGUUUGGAAGGUUCGGAAAGUAAUCCUCGUGCAUAACCACGAGUUGAUACCGACGGGAAUGGUUCAUAUGAUCCGAAGUUUCCGGGCGAUAUCGGAUUCUGCAAAGGCCCACAUGGAUGGAAUGCAUACGUAUGGGUUUCCGACAUCUAAGAUAUUGGGGUACAUGGCUGGGAUUGCGGGUGGUUAUUCUUCUUUGGGUUUUACCAAGAAAGACGCAUAA